AUGUCAAACCUUCCCACCAAGGACGAUAUCAAAGCCCAGGCCGUUGACGGCCGUCCCAUCACCCAAACUGAGGCCGCAGCCAUCGCUUCAGAAGAGUCCAGCUUGACAGGAGGUGGUCCUAUCAAGGGUGGUACUGCUGCAACUGCUCAAAGUAUGCACGAUAGGCAAAAAAACUUUUUGGAAAAGGCCGGCGACGUUGUGAGGAAGGAUCCUACAGAGGUGACCAAGGAGGAUGCCGCUGAGGCUCGAGCAAAGGGUGGACCACCUGGAAAGGGUUCGACUGCUGCUGAUGUGCAGUCUGUUGCCGAUACAAACGCUCAGGCAUAA